AUGGAAAAGCCUUCCUCAUCACUUGAAGAGCUUUUGAAGACGUAUAUUGUGGACUCUAAGGCUCGUCUUGAUCAACAUGACGCUCAUCUCAACAACAUUCAAACUCACUACACCAAUUUAGGAGGCACUAUGAAGGCACUAGAAACACAAGUUGGCCAAUUGGCUAAUGCUAUAAAAGGGCAAUCAUCAAGGUCCUUCCCAAGCAACACCGAGAAGAACCCAAGGGAGUGCAAGGCCAUCACAUUGAGGAGUGGUAAAGAGCUUGAAAGCCCGAGUGCUCAAAACGCCAUGGUUGAUGAGGAGCCUAUCAAGAGCAACGAUGAUGGUAAGGACAAGUCAAAGGAGGAAAAUCUGAAGGCGAAGAAGGAAGCACCGGUGGUUAGACCGGGUUCGAUCACUUUUCUGGAUAACCCACCUCGUAUCACUCCCCCAUUGCCAUUCCCUCAACGGUUCCAGAAGAAGGCAUUUGACGAGCAAUUUGAGAAAUUUCUUAAUAUCUUCAAGAGGAUCCACAUCAACAUCCCCUUCGUGGACGCUCUAGAGCAAAUGCCAAACUAUGCCAAAUUUUGGAGAGGUCACCCCUACAAUUAUCUCCUUGCAAAUGGCGGAUAG